ACCGUCCCACCUCAGCGACAAAUGGGACCGACAAACGCCGAGAAACACUCGACGACAGAACAGUUCUUGUUUGUCGUCUGACUCGUACCGCCACGAACACGAAGCGGCAGUCCCACCUACGAACACUGUCCGACGAACUAUCCGCCUUGCCCUCGCAUUCGCGUCCGCUCCCUCUCGCGUUUCGACAUCGAGCCGAUCGAGCAUCGAGCCGAUCGAGCGCCUUCAUUUGGUAUGGCAUUUUGUCCGGAAAAACGAGCCGUUGUGGCCGCUCUCCUUUUAUUUGAGGCCCUAUCCUCCAGUGAGGAUGAAGAGCUGCCAACGAAACGAAGGAUGUGGGUUAAGCCCUACCUGCGCCGACACCGGGAGCAGGGCUGCUACGCUAACUUGAUGCGUGAGUUAGCGCUAGAAGACGCCGAGGCGUUCCGCUCUUGGAUACGCAUGGACACCGGGACAUUUGAAGAACUGUUGAGGAAGGUGAGACCGCUCAUCGAGAAACAAGAUACGUCAUUCCGCGAAGCCAUCCCUGCAGGCGAAAGGCUGGCGAUCACGCUGCGAUACCUCGCCACUGGGGAAACCUUCGCCUCCAUGGGUUUCCAGUUUAGAAGGGGGCAUAAUACCAUUUCCAAGAUAGUCCGGGACGUUUGCGUCGCCAUCUAUGAAGUCUUGGCCCCCGACUACAUAAAGGUGCCAUCAACACCAGGCGAGUGGGAGCAAGUUGCCCGAGGCUUCGAAGAAAUCUGGCAGUUCCCUCACUGCCUGGGUGCCUUAGAUGGGAAGCAUGUCACGAUCUCGGAUCUACGGGCACGUAUUGGCCGGGGCAUUGCUGAGUUUCCGAAAGCAGCCCAGCUGCCAAACUCAACGAAGACGGCACCUUUCGUCAUCGUGGGGGACGAAGGGUUCGGCAUGAAGCCAUACCUGAUGCGGCCGUUUCCAGCGUCAGAGCUGGAAGAUGCCGAAAGGAUCUUCAACUAUCGGCUUUCCCGGGGACGCCGAAUUGUUGAAAACGGCUUCGGCAUCCUCCGGAACAGAUUCCAAGUCUAUGGGGCUCCUCUUCGUCACAAGCCGGACAGAGCGGUGAAGGUUGUGAAGGCGACUAUUGCCUUACACAACUACCUUCGGACGAAGAACGGCACGCGGGCAAGGUACACACCACCCGACAGCCUUGAUGUUGAAGACGUGCUCACAGUCACUGUACGUCAAGGCAGCUGGAGAAAGGGUGUGAACGACAAAGCAGUCUUCCCCCUGGAGCGCAUUGGUGGCAGACAACCAGACGACGCCAAGGCUGUUCGUGAGGUCUUCAGAGACUACUUCAUGAAUGAAGGCCAGGUUUCUUGGCAGUGGAAGGUGCUGGAGUAACGGCACCACGACCAAACUGGCUGCGAUUGAGUUUUCCACCAUGAUUCUGUGGGCGGCCAGCAUGGCCAUCUGCCUGUCCGCACCCCUUGGUAUGCUGCGGGCGCAGCACUCCAUCAUAACGCCGAAGCUUCUGCACUCGUCCGGCUGCGGCGGCUCCUUGGCAGCGUUCAAGCUGUCGACAGCUGCCUGCAGCAGCACCGCCCUGUUCGGUGCCGCCUCCUCCGUGCGGCGGCAGUUCUUCUUGGAGGGUGGAGGCGCUGACUGCACAGCUUCUUCACUCGGCUCAUAAAUCAGCUCGAGGCUAUCAUCCUGCACAUCAUUUUUUAUCCCACUUCUCGUAUUAUUUGGUGUUUUCUCUUUUAUUCUCGUAUUCACAAGCUCUAAAGUACACAUGCAUAUUUGAAACCAGAAGCCUGACAAAGAAAGCUUUUCAUGAGAACAAUUGAGUGUGUGUAACGAAUGUAUCGCAAAUUAUCAAUUACGAAAGCUAAGGUAUACAGAGGUAAUUCAUUUGGCGAGAAAGGAUCCCCUGAAAUUUGUAUGGAGCACAGAUGCAAUCAUUCCAUAUUCCAGUUUGUUGGCUGGAACAGUGAUACUAAUCUCUAUAAACUGCCUUUUUUUUAAAGAACUUUUUUGUCAUUGUUUGAGUGUGAGCCGUGACCUGUAGAUUUGGCACAUCUGCUGAAGCCAACAUUUGUGUUGCCCAUGCAACUAUGUGCUAAGGAAUUAUUAAGGGUAAAGGUGCUCAUCCUGAGAGUCAAUUAUUGGGCGAUGCCUUGAAUGAAGUGGCACAGAUAUGUGUUCUGAAUUGUGUUGCUCCUUCCCGAUUAAAAGAAGGUCCCUCCAAAAUGGGCACUUACCACUUCCUCCUGGGAGGUCUCGAGUGUCGACUCGCUUUGGGCUUCAGGAGCCCCAGCCGACAAGAACCUCAUUUUCUUGUAGUGCGCCCACUUUGGAACAAAGAUGUCAUCGGCCCCAGCACCAGAGCGGCUCGAAUCCUUGACCUUGCGGUUUUCCCUCUGGUACUGGGACCGCAUAUUUGCCCAUUUGUUCUUCACUUUUUCCACUGCAAUGCAAUAAAACAAAAUAUUCACACUCCAUAUAUCUUGCCACCUCGUUUUAUGCUGUUGAGUGUUUCAAGCCAUGUUUAAACUACUUGUUAGAACUAUCAAAGUAUCAAAAUGUAUACAAAUGCUCCAAUUGUGUCACCAUAUUUCAUUCGCUGACAUUGUAAAUUGUCGACCAAACUGGACGAAUAAAUGUGGUUUGGUGUAAA